AAGUAAAAAAUGGAAAACAGAUAAGUGACAGAGAGUUGAGCAAAAACCAUCAAACCCAUUUCAACAGAUCUUAUAAAGUAAACAAAAACAGAGAUUUCAAAGUCAGUCAGCUGUCAGUCAGUUGGCCGCCAAGCCAUGGUCGAAGAUGGAAGAAGCAGUUUACGCGAAGUUCCCAUUCUAGAUCUCAAAAACAUGAAAAUCAUAUCACCUCUAGGCCGCGGGGCAAAGGGCGUAGUCUUCCUGGUUCGAACAGAAUUUCCAUACAAAGAAUUUCUUGCUUUAAAAGUUAUCUCCAAAGCUUCCGUUGAGAACAAAGCAGUGUCUCGCAGCAAAAACGACGACUAUGUUUUCAAAAGAAUAUGUAUAGAAAGAGAAAUAUUGAGUCGUCUUCAUCAUCCACUUUUGCCAACACUUCGAGGUGUUGUCGAAACAGAGCAGAUCAUCGGAUAUGCAAUUGAUUACUGCCCUGGCCGUGAUCUACAUUCUCUCAGGAAGAAACAAACGGAAAACAUGUUCUCCGAUGAUUCCAUCAGAUUUUACGCAGCUGAAUUGGUACUAGCACUGGAAUACCUUCAUGGAUUAGGGAUCGUAUACAGAGAUUUAAAACCAGAAAACAUAUUAAUUCAAGAAAAUGGUCAUCUAAUGUUAGUCGAUUUCGAUCUAUCCACAAAACUCUCCCCACCAAAAUCCCCUCAAAAUCUCCCAAUCACCACCAAACCAGACCCAUCCAAGGAGGAGAAGAAGAACAAGCGAUUGCUCUGUCUUCCGAGAUGUUGGAAUUCGGGCGUCCUGCCGACAGAGGAAACGCUCUGUUCCAACUCAGUGAGUUCAGAACACAGUUCUGGCUCUACCACGGCGGCGAAGUCAAACUCGUUUGUCGGAACAGAGGAAUACAUUCCUCCAGAAAUCAUACAAGGAAACGGGCACGAAUUCGCCGUAGACUGGUGGUGUUUAGGCAUUGUCCUUCACGAGAUGCUCUACGGAUUUACUCCGUUCAAAGGAUCAAACAGAAAAGAGACUUUUCACCGGAUUUUAAACAAGUCGCCGGACCUCGUCGGAGAACAGACGCCGCUACGUAACUUAAUACGGAAGCUUCUAGAAAAAGAGCCGAGUAAGAGGAUAACAGGAGAGGAAAUCAAGGGUCAUGAUUUCUUUAAGGGUGUAGAUUGGAAAUCAAUAUCGGAAAUCUCGCGACCACCGUAUAUACCACCGGUAUGCGAUAAGGAUUUAAAUGGAAAUAAUGAAAUAGACGUGGAGAUGUUCGUCAACGGAGUAUUCAAAGACGAAAACGACAAAUCUUUGGAAAAUGUUAAGAAGACGGACAAUUGUAAUCAGAUCCUCGAAUUUAAAGGAUAUCAUGAAGCUAACCCUUUCUUCGUUUUCUGAUUCAGUUUUUGCUUAAACGGGAUCAUCGGAUAAUAGAUUAUAUUAACUCUAUAAUUCACAUUUCAAUGUAAUAAUAUAUCCUUUUAUCUAACUUAGAAAAUUAUUUAAUAUAUUUUGUGUUAUAUGUAAACAAGGGUAGCUCUUAAAUUUGUUUUUAUCAUCCAACUCAAUAUUCAGUUAUAAUCUUAUUAUGGAAGCUUAUUCAUUCA